UUUCUGUGAUUUAUUCGUACUCGAAAGGAGGAGGCGGAGGAUAGCAAAGCAGUCUCGUGGAAAAUGGCGCCGCCGGACUCUCCACUGCUGGUCUCAGACACUGAGCCGGCGACCACCUCAAGCUCCGACACGAUCCCUAGCCCUAACUCUGACUUGGAUUCUUCUUUGGUGGCGGCUAGUCCACCAAGCGGCCCAGCAGUGUGCCUCCUCCGCUUUGCCGGCGACGCUGCUGGCGGCGCCUUCAUGGGUUCCAUCUUCGGCUACGGAGCUGGGUUAGUCAAGAAAAAAGGCUUCAAAGGGUCCUUCUCGGAAGCCGGGUCUUCCGCCAAGGCGUUUGCUGUUCUGUCUGGAGUCCACAGCUUGGUUGUUUGCUUCUUGAAAAGGCUGAGAGGGAAGGAUGAUGUCUUCAAUGCUGGAAUUGCCGGAUGUUGCACGGGGCUGGCCCUUAGCUUUCCGGGUGCACCACAGGCCCUGUUACAGAGCUGCCUCACUUUCGGGGCAUUCUCAUUUAUCAUCGAAGGUCUCAAUAAGCAGCAGCCAGCACUGGCUCUUCCCUACCAUUCAACUAGAAACUGGGCCCACUUUGAAGCUCCGACCCACCUGGCUCUACCUCUUCCAUUGCCUCUUCCUGAUGAAAUGAAGGGAGCUUUCUCCACAUUCUGCGAGUCCCUCAGGAAACCCAGCAAGAGAAAAUCUUCUGCUGCAAAUUGUUAAAUUUGGAAUGAUGCUGUUCUUCAUCACUAAGCAGAAUGUGAUCUGUACAGAGGUAGUUGAGAUUGUGGAGAAGGUGUCUUGGGUUCGAAUUUUGACAGUGCAACAGUACCCACGAAUGCCCUACCUUUGAGGCUUUAUUUGUGGUUGAUAAUGAAAUUGUUCAAGUGAUUGUUUUUCCUUGCAUAAUAUUUAUGGACCCACUUCUUUCUUCUGUAAUGUGGUAAUGCAUGAUGUUCGUAUU